AUGAGUCCCCAAAGGCUGCGAGCGUCGCUCUCGCUGCUGCUGCUGAGUGGCUGCCUCCUCGCGACCGCCCAGAGGGACAAGGGAGUGGGAGGCAGCGCGGCAGAGUCGGCCUGGGGUCACACGGGCGGCUCGUCGGGCCGCUUCGUCAGCCCCGAGCGCCACACAUGCAGCUGGCAGCUCUUGCUGCCCGCCCCAGGGCAAGUGGUGGGCAGCGAGCUGGCGCUGCUGUGCCAGGGCCCAGACGGGGCGCGCCAGCACUGCGCCUACCGCGGGGAGCCAGAGCGCUGCGCCGCCUACGCCACCCGCGGCUCGCUCUACUGGAAGCAGGUGUUGGGCAGGCUGCGCAAGAAGCCGCGACCCUGCCAGGAUCCCGCGCCGCUCAAAGCCCGGCUGUGCGCCGGCAAGAAGGGCCACCGCGCGGAGUUGCGCCUGGUGCCCCAUGCGUUCCCACCUGCCGGCCCCACUGCAGCAGGCUACCUCCGGGAUCUCAAACCUAGGGCCAGGAGCUGGGGGAGGCCCCAGGAGCCCGCGAUCCGCCCCGCAGCAAGGGUCCCGCCUCUCCCGAGCUCACCGCCCAAAGGGAAGCCCUCUAAGAAGAAGACUAAAGGGGGCAAGAGGAAGGCAGCCUCGGCCGCAGUCGAGGAGCGACCCCUGGGGACCAGGCCAGAUCCCGACGGGCUGGACGAAAACGCUAAGCUCACGGAGACCUACUGUGCUGAGAAGUGGCACUCUCUCUGCAACUUCUUUGUCAAUUUCUGGAAUGGCUGA